AUGGCUUUUAAAGGUUACCGGAGCGAGGACGGGAAUUUGAGCGCGCUGCACACGGCUGUGAGCAAUGACGUCAUCUACUCCCGCCAACGCAACGGGCCGGAAGGGAGUCUGCACGAGGAGAGGGGGAGGUAUAAAGUCUCUGCAGUUCUCCUGAGUCUGUGGAUGGAUCUGACCAGUGGACAGAUAGAUAUUCAGCUGAUCCCUCAGUAUCCAGUGAUCCAGCAGUCUGUCACUAUGAAUGUUGUUGGGAUUAACAGGAAAAUGUUUUCGAUUGUGUGGUAUAAAGGGACAAUCACAAGUGCUGAGCAUCAGAUCCUUGUGUAUUUAGUACCAGGUGUUACUUCCACACUACUUACAGGACCUCUAUACGUCUCUCGGGCCAGACCUUUCCCUAAUGGUUCAUUACUGAUAUCAGAUCUCCAAAUAACAGAUAGUGAUAAUUAUACAGUGAGGAUACAGACUGAGAGACGAGUGGAACAAGCCUCUGUGACCCUGGCUAUAUAUGCACCAUCCAUACCAGGUGCCAGCGGAUGCUCUGCUGGGGUCAGUGCUGGAGUGACAGCUGGAAUCAUCUGUGGGACAGUCCUGGGAAUCGUGCUGAUUGUUAGUGCAACCUUUCUACUGUAUAAGAGAUGUGUCCUUCCUGUGAGAGAGGAGCAGAGAGGUAGUGGAAGAGACAUGCAAUAA